AAAAACACAUGUUAAUCAAACAUCGCUAAUGUUUAAAAAAUAAUGCAAUUGUUCCUCCCUAUAAUCACCGUUCAAUAAAUCUACUAGUUAUAGCGUUUAUAUAUGCAUUUGUUAGUCAUUUUGAUAGUCAAACAAUCAAUUAAAUCGUAACGUAUGGGAUUUGCUGUCAAAACUCAUGAUUCCUGACGAUUGCGUUUAAACAAUAAUCAAAUGUUUAUACGAGUAAUAUAAUAGUGUACAUUGGCUAUAUAUUUAAAACAAGUUAUUAUUAAGACUUAUGUUUAAGAAAUUUAGUUGAACGACGAUGAAUUACUUACAAGAUGGCUGGUUCACCGAGUCUGAUACUUGGCCAGGAGCUGGACUUUCAUUAGAAGUAGAAAAAGUACUACACAAAGAGGAAUCACCAUAUCAAAAAAUCAUGGUAUUGCAAACUAAAUCAUUUGGAAAAGCUUUAAUUUUGGAUAACAUUAUCCAGUGCACUGAGUUUGAUGAGUUUUCAUAUCAAGAAAUGAUAAGUUUCUUACCCCUGUGUAGUCAUCCUAAUCCAGAAAGAGUUUUAAUAGUAGGUGGUGGUGAUGGUGGUGUAGCUCGUGAAGCUGUUAAACAUCCUAAAGUUAAAAGUAUUGAUGUGGUGGAAAUUGAUGAACGAGUAGUAAAACUUUCUGAACAAUAUUUGCCUUUUAUGGCUUGUGGAUUUCAACAUGACAAAGUUACCUUGCAUAUAGAAGAUGGUUUUGAGUUUAUGAAAAGAAAUGCCCAGCAAUUUGAUGUUAUAAUCACAGACUCUUCAGAUCCUGUUGGUCCUAAUGAAACACUAUUUCAAAAAACAUACAUUGAGUCAUUAAAAAAAUCUUUAAGACCUGGAGGUAUCAUAUGUUCCCAAGCUGGAUCAAUUUGGAUUAAAGAAGAUCAAACUACAAUGAUCAAACUUUCCAAAGAUUGUUUAGCAAACUUUAAAAAGGUUACUUUAGCUUCUAUAUCUAUUCCAUCUUAUCCAACUGGUAAUAUCAGUUUCAUUAUGGCCACUGAUAAUGAGAAUGUCUGUUUCAAAGUGCCAGCUUACAAUUUCACAACAGAGGAACUAGAUAAACAUAAACUUAAGUAUUAUUCACCAGAUGUACAUUCUGCUUCAUUUAGUGUUCCUAGAUUUGCUCGGAUGGUUAUACCACAUCUUAAUUGUUGAUUUUUACUUUGUUAAAUAUUUAUUUUUCCUUUAAACAAUAACAGUAUACUAUUAUUAGAUUUAAUUAUGUACCACUGUUUCUUAAUUGUUAUUCUUGCAAUUAAAAUUUCAAUUACAUUUUUUAAAUAUUGUAAUAUUUUAA